UUUUUUUUUAUUUCACUACAUUGCUCAGCACUCUUAAUUACACAUACUUUCGUAUAACAUGUCCAAUUUAGCAGAUCAAGUCAAAAACUUUAAGAAAUCACUAUCGUCUACGUUAUCUGCAAACACUACAUUAGGUGUGAAGCGAGUCGCAAGUGGUGCAGCGCAAGCAAAAUCAGCAGAUUCCAGUCAAGGUUCUACACCAAAAUAUGGAUCCAUCAACAACAACACACGGGCAGCAUUUGAGAUUUUUGGAUCGGACAGUCCAAGAAAGAAAUCAAAAAAAUUGACGGUAUAUUCACAACCUGCCAAUACGGGUACGGGUCACCAUGCUAUGAGUCAAUUAUACACAGUUAUCCAGUUUCUCAAGGAUAGCGACACACCACAAUCUGUUGUGAGCAUUAUCACACGAUCUAAGGUCGAUAUCCGAAAUAAUCAAGCAUUAUGGGAUAAACUCGUCAAUAAUGACAAGAUUGAGUACGAUCCCACCAAUGAUACGUUUUCAUACAAGCCUACAUAUCAAAUCAGAAGCAAAGAAGACUUACUGGAGCUCCUUAUUCGAAAACGUGAAGACGGUGGCAUGGACUAUAAAGAUUUAAAGGACUCGUAUUCAAAACUGGGAGAUGCAGUAGAAGAGCUGGCGAAUGAAGGACAAGUUUUAGUGAUCCGUAACAAAGAUGGGAACCCAAGGGUGCUAUUCUACAACGAAAUGCAGUACAACACGCCUGUAGACGAUGAAUUCCGAAAAAUGUGGGGUAGCAUCAAAAUACCGGAUGAAACUGAUCUGCCCAAAGCAUUAGAAAAUGCUGGCUUGAAAACGAUGGAAGUGUUUGAAAAGAAAGUUGUCUCUGAGCCCAAGCUCAAGCGAUCUAAGACACGCAACCGAAAGUUCAAGAUCACCAAUACCCAUUUGGCCAACAUCGAUUUGUCGCGCGACUAUGUACCCAACAAGCAAUAGUAGUGACAGCUUUAUAUAUACAUAGCAUAAAUGUAUUGCAGAUGCGUGGUAUUAUUUGGUAUGAACGAGAGAAAAGACCAAGAAAUAGAGAAACAAAUAAAGUUUACAAUUGUUGUG